AUGUCUCCAAAGCUUGCAAAUUUAUUUUUGUUCUAUACUGACUACAAAAAUGUCAAAAUUCAAGUCCCUGUCACUUGUUCUUUUGGAUUCAGCAAGAUUGAAGUACUUCAGGCUGAAGUGACUGCUCUGAAAACUCUGGUCCUUACAUCAACACCCAGCACACCCAACAAACAUCUGCACCCACAGAUUGAUACAACUAGUAACAAAAAAAAAGAAAGCAGUCGGCCAUUUUGGAAAACACAUCGUCGUUCAACAAGCCACCAUGAGUUUACAAAGGAGACACGGGGAGAAACUGAUGAAGGAGAAAAUGGACACACUACUCAGAUUGACCUUGUCUGUUUUGAAGAGUUUUGCCAGUGGCGAGAACAAUCCCAGCAGACUGAACAGCCUUCUUCAUUUUUGUCAAGAGUUUUCCUAGAAGAUAUAAGCCCAUGCUUGAACUUUUCCAACACUAAUUUGUCAGAAAGAGUGAAGAAAUGUGUAGACAAUAACACUUUAACUAUUGAACCAAUUGCCAGUGAUAGUUCCUACCCACGGUGGUGUACAUUGUCUCAGUCUAACAAAUUAUGUAACUACAAGAUACAUUUAGGAGAAGAUCAUUCUUGGUACUCAAUCUCAGAAUUUUGUCGAAACCGAAUUACAUCUGUAUGCAACUUUUACACAUACAUUCGUUACAUUCAACAAGGUUUGGUUAAAGGUGAAGACAAAUCUGUAUUUCUUGAAGUGUUGAAUUUAAGAAAGAAGAUGGCAUUGGCACGCCUUGGUUACUCUUGAAACGACUCUCACAUGUUCAGCUGCCCUCACUUAUAUACUGCUAACCUGGAAAGAAAAGCUUGGAAAUUCAACCAACAGAAAUAACUUCAGUGUUCACUAUGUUGAAACCAUACUUUUCAGCUUAUUCAAUUUGACUUUUUGAAAAGAGAUAUCUUUACUGGUUUCUCUUGUAAAAUCAGUACAUUUUAAUUUAGUGAUUAUUUUUCUGAUAAAGUUUCUAAACUGUAAUUUAAGUGUUAUGUUACUUUAACAUUAUUGUGGUUAUUGUAACUAUUUUGUGUUGACUGUAAUAAAUUGACUUCUUUUGUUUCAAAAAAGAUGAUGGAAGUUUAUGACAAAAUAAAACCCAAAGAUAUAAACCAAAGCUAAAAUUUAAAACUGUAAAAAAAUCAUUAAAAAUACUUCCUACUUA